ACUAGAUGGCAGGAUAUUGGCGCCCCAGUGUCAUAACACAAAACCGAUCUGUCGUUUUCAAACACCCAGACAAAAAAACUGAUCGAUUCGGCAGAUCCGUUCCAUCUUGGUUUCAGUGAUCUACGGUGCGAGAUGACCGAUUCCACAUUAGCACCGUGAUUUCGUGAAAUACCUGUGUUUUAUACAAUACCUGUGGGUUGUUUUGUUGUUGUUUUUACAAUACCUGAUUUAUUGGUGGACGUUUAAGUCAUUUCAGUUUGUGCAUGAAUUAACAGUGAAAAGUAGUUUUUAAAAACAAGAAAGGGACAAUUUAGCAAGUUAUGAGAAAUGUUCGUGACUGUGAAGUAUGGAGAUCAGUGUAGUAAGCUUGUCAACUACAACUGCCGGAAUAAAGUGCUCCUCAGUCAUAUCAAAAAGACGUGUUUGGGUGCUAAGAACGAGGUAAUAGAUUUAUCUGACGAAAAUGGAAUAGUGAAAAACUUGAGACAACACCCGAAUGAUUACGGUACGGCGUACUUCAAAAAGAGGGAGUCGGUUAUUCUGCUCAAAGUACAAAGUAUUCAAGGAACGGGUGAUCAGCCGGAGAAAAUACUUUUCAUACCGAUGCUGAAUAGUUUGGAAAACGACAAAACAUUUAUAGAUACAUUGAAUGCGAGCCCAGAAAAAGAAAAAGAACUUGUUGAAAAGACACCGAAGCUGAGAAGAAAGUCAUCAAGUUUUGAAAUGACUUUUGAAGAAACUAAGAAUGGGAAAACUAGACUUAAAUCUUCUAACACACCUAGAAGAGGUUUAGGUCGUAGAUCAACCACGCGAAACUUGAUGAAAGUGAAAAACUAGAGUUAUUAUCUAUCAUGGGCCUAAUUCACUAAACUCUCGCAACUUUGCGAUCUCGCAGUGCAAUGCUAAAAGACUUGUAAACAGGAUGCUUUGCUGUCUAGCAGAGCCUAAGAGACUUUUGUGAAUUAGGCCCCAGUUCACCAGACGUGUGCAAAAACAUAACUCCCAAGAUGUGUAACUGAAUGAAACCCGAUCUUAUUGGUUCCUCUAUUUUUUUACUAUAUCAACUCUACCGCAUACGACAGCUAUCAGCUAAGUAAAAAGGUACUUGAGAUUUUUCCUCAGCUCUCUUGUGCAGUAGCCUAGGCUUUAGUAAUCUGAGGAAAGCCAGCGUCAUGCCGUGUCCAAGAUGACUUUUCAUUCGAUGAAAUCAAACCAUCGGUGGUAUGACCAGCAAUUCGGAAUAGCUGUUCACAACGAUAGAUCAUCAAAACAUCAGAUAGCAUUGGCUUUGUCCAGAUCUUCUAUUGAAAGACAGAGCGAGAUGGACUGUAAGAUUUCAUUUCACUCAGAAUGUCAAACGGAGAUUUCUUUUAAACGUGAAGACAAGGGGACGAGAGGUUCCCAACGCAUAACAAUACAAAAAGUUCCUUAAACGUGCACAUUUUGUACAGCUUGAAAAGAAACUAUAUUACCGUGUCAUGAUUAUUUUUGUUUAUUGCAUUUUCCCCCUAGUUAUCUUAAGCUAGGCACCUGAAACAUUUCCGAAAUUAACUCUGUGUUCCACCAAUAUUUCGUGUACCUGGAAUUGGGCUCCACAGGAUAAUGUUUUCAUAAUGUGUUUGUUUGUAAUUAUUAUUCUAGGACAGUGAUUCCAACCAUAGGGUGAAGUGGACAAAUACAUCGGGAUGUGACAGACAUUUAAUCUAAUAAAACAUCACUAUGUA